GCGACCAGUUAAAUUUCUUCUCACGUAACGUGAGCAAGCGGUUUCGGUGAAAUAUUGUGUGAAGGGUUUCUAAUAGUCGUCUACUUUUUUCUCUUAUUUUCUUAAGUAUUCACAGUUUAAUAAACCGAAAAUUAGCAAAUUUAAAGAAAUGGUGUUUAUUAAAUAAAAUAAGUGUUAAACAUAUGUAUGUACACAUAUAAGAAGUAAGCAGACGUCGCGAUAAAAUUGCGAAAAUAGUGAAAACAAUUGCUUUGAUUGUUUGUAGAGUUUUACACGAACGAGCAUAGAUGAUUAUUAGAAUUAUCACCGCAAUAAUAGUGACGGCUAUGGCAAAAGUGAAUGCGAAUGCUUUUGGCAACGGCUGUUUGCUUUUGGCAAAUAAAAAAUUUAAGAGAAUUGAUUGUGUUUAAAUGAAAAUUGUAUUCAGAAGUACAUUAAAAGCGAUUUUAGGAAAGUUCCCAAGAUACCAACAACAACCCCCUGCAGCGUUAGAGUGUAAAUUUCACAAAUAGAUUAAUCUUAAAGUAAAGAAACAAAAGUUAAAUAAGAGAUGUGGGAUAAAAUACUAUAAAAGUAGUAAGUUGAUUAAAUGGCAAAAACGAAGCCAAUAAACAAAAUAUUUGCGUGAAGAAAAUGUUAUUAUCUAUUUCUUAAUCUUUCCACUGUUCGUACAGACAUAUUCAUGUGUUGUUUGAGCGGUAUUGUGUGAUUUAAACAAAUAUUCCUGCAAAGAGUAUUUGAAAAGUGCACAAAACUACAACAGGGCCGAAAAAUAAAGCGAGAUUAACAUAGAAUUAGAUCGCCAAUAAAAUUUAUAGUAAUGGUUUAAAACAAAGUUCCACCAAUUGUAAAAUACAAACAUAAAUAUUAGUGUUAUAAUAAUGUGUAUGUAAAUCUACCUGCAUAAAGUUCCGUUUCUACGACCAAAAAACAACCUUACGCAUUACACACGCACUUAAUAAAUAUUAUGUCGACGAUGGCGAUUUGUGAAAAAUCGAAUUAGGUAACGCUGAGGCCGACAGCAGAAAGCAGCUAACAGCUGCAGUGGAAGCGGUAGUACGUUGAGUGCAAUAUGAGGGAGUUGCUGAUGGCAUGCGAUGGCAAUACGGCAUCAGCUGACUAAAAUGAAAGGGAAAACAUACAUUGAAACAGGCAACUUGAGCUAUGCAAAUGGACGACUCAACCAAGAGAUUAAAAGGGUCGUCAUAAUCUUAAACAGUUUCACUGAAGAAAAUAACAGCCAUACAACAGUAGUAACCAGCAAAAAGAUAAAAACAUUUUUUUAAAUUUCAUAUGUCAAAAAAGAGAAGAUAUUUAAACCCUUAUCCCGAAUGACUCACUGUUAUCGCGCCGAAUUAUUUCAAGUCUACUAAGAGCAUAAUAAAAUAUGUUGCUCAUAAGUGCGCUCGCACUCGGGUUGGUGGACUCAACAAAUUACAAUGUUGGCAUACAUUUGGGUGUAUUUAAUCUGGCGACAACGGCGGUAGCUGCAGCUACUACGGUGGCGAUAAAUACAGCUGUCGCAGCGGAUAAUGUGGAUACUGUGAUAGGCGGCACGAUGCCGUUGGCAGCCACUCCAAAUGGAGGUAUAGAAGGCGUCCAAGUUAACGCUCUAACGACGGGGACUGUAAGUGGUACUUCGAUAGCGCAUACAACAACAUCAGUUGGCAGCAGUGCGGGCAGUGGAACCAUUACAUGGGACAACAACGGUACUCUGCGAUCUCUUAAUCCAGGCGAUUGGUCGAUCGAACAAUGUAUGAUUUGGCAAAGACCACAUCAUCUUUAUUUCCAACUGGGCAAUGCCUUCUUCUUACUGGCAUUUCUGGCGCCGCAUGGGCCUUUCGGUGCACUGUGGCUGCGGGCGCUCAUUCUUAUUGGGUGCACGCUAAUGGCAAUGUACGGCUACCUGGUAGAGUGUAAGCCGGAUGUCGUGCUCUGGUCUGGGCUAUUUUUCGUGGUCAACUUUAUUUACCUGAUUAUUGUGCUGUGUCGGUUACGACCGGUUCGAUUCGAUAAGGAAAUUGAGGGGGUUUAUGCCAGCUUAUUUAAGCCCCUCCGCGUGACGCGACAUCAAUUCAAAAAGAUUUUGAAUUGCAUGAAACUAAUACGACCAUUAAAGUACCAGGAGGUGUAUGCGCAGGAGAAAGUUACCAAAGUUGAUAGCUUAUCACUCGUCUUGUCUGGGAAGUUGGUGGUUUCACAGAAUCAAAGAGCUCUACACAUAGUAUUUCCUCAUCAGUUCCUAGAUUCGCCCGAAUGGUUUGGAGUAUCAACCGACGAUUAUUUUCAGGUAUCUAUAAUGGCUAUGGAAGAGUCGCGCGUUCUUAUUUGGCACCGUGACAAACUAAAAUUAUCUAUAAUGGCCGAACCAUUUUUACAAUCGGUUUUCGAUCAUAUUUUGGGUCGCGAUGUCGUGAAGAAGCUUAUGCAAGUAACGCAGGUCAGCGAGUCCAUAGCCAGUAAUGGGUUUUUGCCAUCAGGCAAUUAUGAUGAUGCAGAAGACAAACCAAUGCUGAUCAUGAAGAAAACUGUGGAAGGUCAUGGUCUGACAGCAUUAAUAAAUCGCCAACUGCAAGCCAUUCCGAGGAUAUCGAGGUACUAUGAUUGUGCGGGUGAUCCAAACUCCUGGCGACUGGGCAGAAUCGAUGAGACUGAUCAUGAGACGGCUGUGUGAGUGUAGCAUAUAUGGUGUAGGUGUAAAUAUCUUUAUUACGCGCAGAAAGUGAAGCGAAGCCAAGUAAGGAGUAUUACCCAGAUUAUGAUGAAGGAGGGUUAGCGAUAGUGCGCCGCCGUACUGUAAGCGUAUGUGUGUACAGCAUCUAUGGCAUCAAUGCCAAUAGUUGAGUAACUGCUAUUUUGCGAGAGCGAGUGGAAUUUCUUUCCGAGUAUUAUUAGACUUUAAGAAAAUUAUCUCAUUCAUUGCACUGUUAGAGUUGUUUUAUACAAAAAACAACAGAAUGGUAAUUAUACAUAUUAUUUGUAAAAAGAAGAAAAUCUAAGUCUAAGGCGAAAAGAUAUAAAAAUAUGUAUAUUACAUACAUAUUUGCAAUCGUUAGCGGAAGGUGGCAUACAUAAAUGGGGAGAUAUUGUCCUUUCUGUCUAUGUUCAUAUUUGUAUCUAAUAGAAAAUGAUUGUGUUAGAUAUUUAAAAGUUUUUUUUUUUUUGUAAAUUAGUUUGAACGCAGCUACAUAUGUAUGUAUGUAUGUACAAAAAAUACAUAUGUAUAAACGAUUUACACUGGCAAAUUAUAAAAAAAUGCAAUUUUUAAUGUACGAUUUCCCAGCAAUUGUACGUAUUUGUAUUUGUUAAAAUAAGUUAUGUAUAUCCACAAGUUUAUAUGUAUACAUAUGCAUGUACACAUGGUAUGUAAAUAGGUGAAUAUGCGUGUAAAUUUCAUUUAAUCAAGCCAAAGUUUAUACAAUACCAACUACCAUCAAUGAUAAUACGCUUCUUUUUGUUUCUGGUCGUUACAAAUAGUUUUCCCAGAGAAUGUAGAAGCCAUCUCAAAAUAAAUUGUGAAAGGUGAAAAAAAAUUGUUUUUGUUUUGAUAAGUAUGCAGAUUUGACUCCCAUAUUGUUGUUGUUGUUGUAGCAACAUAUGCAUAUACGGGGAAUGCUGCUGAAGUGGCAUUCCUUGGUCGGAUAUAAAUCCGGUUUGUUCCGGUAACUGUCGUGGGAAUGUUGACCACCAGAUCUUCUGUUAUGGUGUGCAAAGAAUUCAUGAGGAUAUUUAUUGACUGUAUCUUAGUUCGAAAUGUACCUUUUCUUUUACUUGUAAACUUUAAAGCCGUUUUCCCCGAAAAUUUGUUUUUUUGAGCUAUGACGACAAACUUUUUGAAAUAUCAAUGCUAGAUAUUACACGACAGGGUAACGACAGUAACAACUGAUGGCCGGCCUUCGUUACUAGCGCUGCAAUUUCAAAACUUUUAUAAAUAACUUAUUAUAUAAGUUAAAUAAAAAACAAAAACAAAAAAAAAAUAUGUAAUGUAAAAGUGCUUUUAUGACAUUCUUUCACAAGAUCAGGAUUUUUGAUAGGUUUUUUGUAAAAUGUAGGGCAGCAAUCUAAAUUAAAUUUCAUUAUUAGCAUAGCAAACAAUUUUUCAACUCUUAAAGAGAAUUAGAAAGUUGGAAUGUAUUUAUUGUUUUUUUGUUUGUAGUCUAAAUAUAAUAAAGGAGUUAAAAGAUAAAAUUUGAAAUUUACCUUAUAUUUGUGGAGUUAAAAGAUAAAAUUUGAAAUUUACCUUAUAUUUUUUUUGCAUGAGGGUCGCUUGAAAAGCCUGUGCAAAGUCAGAGCGAGGGCACUACUGGCGCGUAUCGAGGUUAUGUUUAGUUAGUAGCAUCUCUUGGAAGAACACACAUCAAAUUUCAGCUAGAUCGGUAUACUUCUUUGUGUUUGGCAUUCGUUUGAAUCGAGGAAGUCAAGUGAUUUCCUUUUUCCAUCAUGACAACGCAACCAGCUCUCGUCUCAGCAGUUGUGGUCACAAAAUUCAUGGAAAUAGGAUUACAAUUCGUUUUACAUCCCGAUUAUUCUCCAGGUUGUUCCCCAAUUUGAAGAAUUGGCUGCUGGGAAAAAUAUUUUAUUCAACCGAGGUGGUGAUUGCAGAAACGAAUUGCUAUUUUUCAGAGUUGGACAAAUCCUUUAUUCGGAAUUAUAAGGCUAAAGGAAGGGCCAAUAUUUCUAUUAUAUUUCAUUACAACGAAUUAUUUGUCAUAAUUUAGUAUUUAAUACUGUUUAUUUUUUAGCCCAAUGCGUAAUUAAGCUGAACUCAUUUUUACGAAAUGCACAAAACAAUCCAUAUAGGUUUGUUUCAACUUGACAUUUUUUUUUGUGAAUUUCAUUUAACACAUAAAUAUAAUAUGUGCUUAAAUGGAUGCAUAUUUUUUGUUGAAAAUGUUUGUGUGCCUAUAGCAGUACAAUUCAGUGCACUUGAUAAACUCGCCUUCCUGCUUAUUUUUCAAUAUGGACUAUUUAUCAAGUGUUUGGUAUUCUGUAACAAAAAUAAAAAGUUCUUUUUUUGAUAAAUUUUCAAGAUGACAAAUUGACAAAUAAACGAAUCAAUUAACUUUUAAAGCAGCUUCAGACAUUUCAGAAUUGUGCUAAAUUGUAUACACUAAUUAGUGAAAUCUAAUCAAGAAAGUUUUAUAUACCACCUUUCUGUAGAGCUAGGUUAAGUUAGGUUUGGCAGCCGCAUCGCACCUAGAGACAACGAUGCCACUUAGACCACGAAAUGGGUCCGUUGUGAGCCACGUGGGCUGGGCUACAUGCCCCUCUCCGUAUUGAACCAUCCUGAGCUUUUGAUAAAGCGUAAAAGGUUGUUGAUACCUAAAGUGUAUAGAUUAUCUAAAUACGUUAAGAAGUAGGAUCUUAAAUAUCGGUUGCUGCUUCUGGCUAGAGCUGGGCAUGUGCAAAAAAGGUGUUGAAUUGUUUCCAACUACUCCGCAUUUCUGCAGAUACGACAGAAAUCAUGCGUGUAAACGCCUAAUCUCCUUUCAUGAUUUCCUAUGAGACAAUGUCCUGUGAGGGCCCCUACUAAUAAGGUCCUAAUAGACUUCAAACUCAAUUUUAUAAUACUCUUGGACAGACGUAGAUUUAGCCAUGUAGACUUGGCCAUGUUUGCCUAGCAAUUUCACAGGUGUUAACGCUAGUCCAUCUUUGAUUUGCAGAACUGAUUCUGUAGAGCUAAAAAACAAGACUCUUGAAUAAAAAUAAAGAAUUUAUAUGGCUUAUUAUAAAAAAACGAAAAAUGAAAACAUUUAUUAACUUUUAUUAUAAAGAAAAACUUUUAAUCAUCUGAAAUUUUUUGUAUUUUAUCCUAGGAAUGAAAAUUAUAUAGGAGUCAAAACGCUGCAACUACCGAUGCGUAGCUCGAUCGUGUUUUUUGAUUUUAUAUGUAUUUAGUAUGUAGAUAAACCGCACAGUCCGAGACUGUUGGCCGCCUUAGUAAUACGUAUUAUAACAUUUAUACAAUUAUUUUUCCUUACCUACGUUUAUUUGCUCCCUCUUGGAAAGAUGUUUGCGCAAAGUGUUGUCCCUUACGUGCAGUAAGCAUGAAGACAUUUUUAUAGAAGUAAUGAAUUUCAACUAUAAAGCCCAGAAUUUCUAAAAUAAAUGUAUGCCUAUCUCUAUUACCGGAGUUGAUCGAUUCCGAGCUCCUUUUAUAGUUGACCUUAUAAAAAGUUAGCAAUCAGUUAAACGGGCUUUUUUAAUACAUUAGAAAUACUCCUAGGCUAGAAUUUCCAAAAAGUCGUCGUUAUAGCCUAAAAAAAGUAAAAUUAAUUCUUUUCGAAAGCCGUAGCCUUAGGCGAAAAAAUAGUUCUGAACAUUUUGCUUUCGUUUAUCAGAUUAAUAUGGUGAAAUGCCUUAUUUGUUGUCGUAACUUAAUUAAAAAAGAAAUAUGAAAAAAAAACCCAAAGCCCUCGGACGUAUACCUCACCGAGUAUUUCUACUUGUAUUAAUAAAAAACAAGUUUCUGAACAUUCUCGCUGCAGCUUUUCUUGGAAAAUAUUUAUAUAGAAUUUUGGUAGCUCAUGUUUUUAUAGGGCCCCGAAAAUAAAGAAUGCUGUUUUAACUUUAAACUAUUUUAUUAAAUUAUUUCAAACUUAAUUCAAUAGCUUUAGAUUAAAUUAUUAUCUGGGUUAAAUAAUAACAAGUCUAUAUGUAUUAUGAAAAGAGGGAAACAAAUUGAUCUUUGAAUUAAAACCAAUAUCAAUUGCUUAAUGCACCUCUGCGUUUUGUCAAAGUCUCAACAAUAUAACGUUCAAUGCGUAGGUAUGUGAAAAUUUUCUAAAUUUGUUGAUCUUUCGCAAGUUAAUUUUUCUCUAGAAGUGCCUUAUUUCGAUUCAUCAUCAUUUUGCGAACUUUCCUUUAUAUGCCUAUAUAUUUAUAUAUGUAUGUAUGUAUGUACAGAUGUAUCUCGUAAAACAAAGGCUUUUCAUUUGGUGCAUCUGCUUUUGCCGUUUAGAUUCGACUAAGGCCCUUACAGUUAAAUGCAAUUAAACAGGAAUGCCACAUUUGAAAAUGCCUUCCGCUCUUUUGCCGUUUCAAAUUCGGACCAAGAUAAAGGGUUAAGUAUUAUUAUAUAGUUACUUUGUCAAUAUUUUCAUGUUUCGUAUAUGUUCCAAAUAACAAUCUGGUGAGUGUAUCAUAACUGUAUAGCAAAGCGUUAUUUGUAUAAUUAACACUUACACACUCAUGCAUACGGUAUUUUGGUAUUUGUAUGUGUGUGCCAAGAGAAAUGAAUCCUGAGUGAUUUUCUUCAAUGCACUAUAUACGUAAUAGUAUUUUACUAUUAAGCCAAUGCUAUUCAACUAAUUAUAUUUUAUUAUACAACCUUUAAAAUUACCGUUUUUACGUGUAAGAUUAUGCGAGCAGAUAAAAAUAAGUAGCUAAUAAAUGAAUAAUUAAUUGUGUUAAUAUUUGUAUACAAUGUCUGUAAAUGUCAUUACAAGUGUGUGUAAAAUGGAGAACAGAAAUACAUGCAUAAAUCGAUAAAUUAUAAUUAUAAUUAUUUAUUCAAAAUCUUGUUUGUUUUUAGGCAAAAAUUAAGCGAAUUAAAAACUAAGUACAAUAA